AAAUUUUAAAAAAUAUUUCUGUAUGUUUUCAAGUCAUGGACAUCAAAGCUCUUCUUCUCGGCAUACAAAUAAUCGCUUGAGUUUAUCUGUUACACCGGCCUUUCCAAUUUUUAUUUCGUCUGAUAUUGCAUUUAUUAAAGAAAACACAAUCACUCAAUCAACUCGAACUCGUUCUAAUUCCCUUUUGCUGGCUGAAGAUCUAAGCCCUGAAGUCCAACCCAAAAUAUUUGAUGCAACAUCUGAUAACUUGGUUUGGGAUAAUUUGUCUCUGAUUUCAAAUGAAUCGGCAAUCUCUGCUGGAAGUGGGGUUGAAAAAAGUGUGGAAAGACAACCAAUUGAUGAACAAAAAGUUUGUCUUCAACUUAGCGAUUAUCUAAUUGAAUCUAUGGAAGAACUUCAAUGGAAAGAAAUGACUGCAAAUAUUGAUUUUGAUGAGGAAGUAGAUCCCUGUUUAUAUCUCAAACAAUUUAAUAUUCUGAGGAGUAAUUCUAUUUCAAAUAAAUCAGAAACGGGUUCAAAAUCCUCUUUUGAUUAUAAACUUGAGGAGGGCCGUUCCGUUUUUUAUUUUGAAAAUUCACAAGAAGAAUGUUCACAGAAGCCUGGAACUUCAAGAGAUAUAGAAUUAUCAAUUUUUGAUAACACAAACAAUUUGGGACAACCUUCAACUUCUUAUGUUUCACCAUCACCAAAAUCUUCUAAUUCGACGAGACAACAAAAAUAUGAAGAAAUAGAAGAGGAAAGAGAUUACUCAAAAGACGACCAAAAUCUUUCUCUAUCGCCCAAAAUUAAUGCAAAUAAUUUGAAGGAUUUAAUUGUUGCAUUAACUGAUUCAGUUACUCUCCAAAAUUCCACAAAACUUGCUGAAAUUAUGAGACGGAUUACUGAUGCCCCACCUCCUUCAAAUAUAAAAAUAUUAAAUGGAAGUAGUUUACAUAAAAGUUGGCGGCCACCUAGAAAAAAAUUUAUUUUUGACAUUGUAAAGCCGAAUGAUUUUUUAACUCAAUUGGCAUUACAAAAACAUCGUUGUGCUGGUUGUGGACACAAAUUUGAUAAAUUAAAUACAAGACAGGCACAAUUCUGUCAUUAUUAUUCAAAAUUAUUUUGUCCUUGUUGUCAUCAGGGUUCAAAGGUUUUUUUAUUUCCCUUUUACUUUUCAAGUUAUUUUUUUAUUAUUUUUAGAGUCGUUUACCAGCACGAAUUCUUUCUGAUUGGAAUUUAA